CGAUUUGAUAUGAUACGAUUCAAACUUCGAUUUGGUCCAGUAAGAUGAUCUUUCACAACCCUCGCUAGGGAGUAGGGUCACAAUUUUACCCUAGUUGAUUCAAAAUUUACUUUACCUGUAGUACCUAGCUGAAAAGUGACAUGUAACAUUGCUUUAAUUUUGGUUUGGUUGCAUUAAUUAUUAUUUUAUCCCAAGUGUAAAAUAAAGAAGGUUUGGGCGAACCCAAAAAGAUGACCAAAAAUUAGGGGGCAAAAACGAAAAUUAGAGGAAAAUUCCGGCUUUCUUACUGUACCGUGCACAAGGAAGAUCUCUCCAACCUCGCCGGUUUCGAGUUGCGCCGAUCUGAGUUUUUGUCAAUCUCGUUUCUUUUUUCUCUAGCGUUUACCAUAAUUCGUCGAAAAUUCAUCUGUCUGCUUCGUCAGGUAAUUUGACUUUUGAUUCCAAAGGUUUUUGUUUUCCUGUCAUGUAUGUGUUCGAAAGAUGAAGGUCAAAACCCUAGCUUUUGUUCGUCGGUCGAAAAUUGGGGAAAACCUUAUCGGAUGAGAAUUUCAAGGAUGUAUAUGAUUUUCCUUGUGUAGGUUCUGGAUGAUUGCGUGUUUUGGCUUGUUAAUUUGCUCAACCAACUGCUGUCAGCUUAGGUUUUCGAUUCUGGGAUCUUUAGGGUGUCGGAAGAAGAAAUUGAGUUUCAAAUUGCAUUGAGUUGUAUUUCUCCUGCACUAUCUUUUUACUGAGCUCGUCUUGUUUUUACUCCUUGAAUUUUCAGCCUAAACCUAAGUAUUUUCUGCGUGGUCUUGUGGAGCAGAAAUGGUAGCCUUCAUGGUGGUUUGCUUGAAAUUGGGGACAAUGAAAAGAUUGAACUCCAACGAUUUUAUUUUCUUAGAAAUGCUGCUUCAUCUUUAAAGCAACUUCGUCUCUUAGAAUCUGUGCUCAUUAAAAUAAAUGCAGUGGUCGUAUUUAUCCGGUUGUUCCUUUCCAACCUGUAUUCUUAUCUUGUUUAGGUUUCUUCACCCGAGGAAUUUCAAGGUGCAGCUUGAAAUCCUUUGAGUUGGACAUUCAAGUUGCUGUACUUAUAUAUCUUUAGACAUUGUUACGUUUCAUGCCUUUGGUAUGGAGAUGGAGCCAUUGGUAUCUUUGGGCUAUGGUGCGCCCCUUCAUACAGAGACUUCAGUUCAGGAUCAGAAUCCUUGUGCUCUGACAUCUACUCCGGAUCCCGUGGAACCACAACAGCCUGUGAAAAAGCAAACUAGGCAAUGGGCUGCUUGGACACGUCAAGAGGAGGAAAGCUUCUUUACUGCACUGCGACAAGUUGGAAAGAACUUUGAGAAGAUCACUCAUCGUGUUCAGAGUAAGAAUAAAGAUCAGGUCCGGCAUUAUUACUAUCGUUUGGUGAGGCGUAUGAACAAGUUGCUGGGUCCUGGAUUAUGUCUGGAUGCAAAAGAUUCUAAAGAUACGAAUGCUGCAAUGCUUCGAUGGUGGGCAUUAUUGGAGAAAUACAGCUGCAAAGCUUCAAAACUUCAUCUGAAGCCACGAAGAUUCAAGAUAUUUUUGGAGGCCUUGGAGAACCAACUGAUAAAAGACCGAAAGAAGAAUGUUAGGAAACGCCCUUUGCAGGGGGAAACUGGUUCUCCAACGGGCAUCAGCACUGUUGCAAAUCAGAAUAAAGCAUCAACUCAAGAUAGUCGGGCUGUUAAGCUGGUUCUCGUAGAUGGUCAAAGUAUACAAAAGUUAGGAUCAAGUAAAGGACCAUUAAAGCGCAAUGUUAAUGUGGGUGUUGUCCGACAUACAAAUAAAGGAGGAGACUCAGGUAUAAUGAAACCUCCGCGGCAAAGACGAAAACCAGGUGUGGCCACAUCAGCUGCAUACCAAAAGUGGGAGAGGGCUGCAAUUGCGGGGGUUUCUUUGGUUGCCGAUGCUGCUGAACAUUUGGAGAGGACAGAAAUUGAUAAGGAUGUGGAUGAUGGCCAGGUUCGAGCACAAAAGGGUCUGGAACUUGUUGAUAAAGCUUUGGUCCCUCUUCCAGCUUCUUCACAUCUCCAGAAUGUAGACAACAACACCUACAGUAGUACUAAGCUUAAGCUUCAGUUCUUCCCAAUCGAUGAUACUACUCGAAGAGCCAUGGAAUUGGAUAAGCGUAAUCCUCACCUAGAGCUCACUCUCAGUGCCCGCAAGAAAAUAUCAUCUGUAUUGGAACAUCUGAACCGGAAAUGGGGCGAUUCCUGUGUGGCAUUGGGAGAGCUAAUGCUUUUCCCCUAUGCUGCUAACAUAGAUAACCUUUUGGGUGAUCAGAGAUGGACUCAACAUUCUACUGUCAGUGCAGCCGAUGUAUAUAAUUCACUUGGCAGGCCACCAGUAUUUCGUUUGAGAUAUGGUUGGUUUUCUGAUUCUGGAGGUGCCGCUGCACUGUUGCAAGCACAUUCAAAAUUAACAAAUGAUGAAGUUCAGAAACUUAUGAAUGUCCGCAAGGAUCCUCUAGCCGUAGUGAAUGGAAAUUCUGCCAGAGAAUCCCUUCCGAUGGACAUACCAAGUGACAUUAAUGUGUAUGUUUCCCAGGGGCCCAAGUGUAAUUCGUCGAUUUCUCCUGAAAACAACUUAUUAUGUUCGAGGAAGGGCACUGAUGAAGCAACUAAUAUGAAACAAAUGGAAGAUGGGAAUGUGCUGGGAAUGACCAAUAGCACCACAUUAUCUGCUGGAGAAUGGGCUGAUAGCCUCACAAACAUCAGUGUUGGAGACCUCCUCUCCGAUGUGCCUAACGAUUGUAAUACCAGCAACAUUGUGCUGCCUAUAGCUCAAAAUGAUCAAUGUCUUCAGCAGAUCCCCUUUAGUUGUGAUUCAUUCGAUGCUGCUAUUGCUGCCCACAUAUCGAAACAUCAAGACAAGUUGGGGUUUCUACCCGCAGUCCAGCCACAAACGUCAUCAAUCUGGGAUGCUGAUGAAACAUGUGAUGCCUUCUCCUUUCAAAGGAGUGGCAUUCUUUGUCAAGAAGCUCCUACAACGUCCAGUUCGUCUCCCCGUGCAGCUGGUGAACAGGAGGUGCAUAAUAGGGAACGACAAAUCGAUUACUCUGGUGAUGGAGAUCCCAUGGACGAAGGUCCAUGUGAACCAGAAGUAAUGGAUACCUCGGGAAAAGAUUUCAGUGCACUCGCAGACAUCUAUUGGCCCGACUCACUGGGGCCUUUAGAUCUGGACACACCGUCAUGUAAAUACCAUAGUGAAGAUAUAAUACUCAGCGACAGCCUUGGUGGGUUGAAUCGUCUGAUAGCGAGCAGCUUGGAUGCUUUUCAAAGUUGUUCCUUCUUAGGGCUGGAAAAGAAAGAUUCAGCAUCGACAUUGGAAGCACGAGACAGUAGCUCAUUUUCAGAUUUUAAAGUCGGUGGUGGGGUAUGAAGCCCCUUUCUUUUGAGACAUUACCAUGCUAUGAGGAAAAAGUAUGACAGCAAGCAUGCUGAAGAUGAAAUGAUGAUGACGAAGAUGGAACUUGGUUUAUAUACAUAUAACGGGGACUGAUGUUUUUGAAUUAGUUGACUGGAAGAGUGUGCUGAAGGAAUGAUGAUAUAUUGCCAAGAUAAAGAAAAAGUGACAACUUGCUGCCCCUAGCUUCUUCUCAAUCUUCUGCCUUUGUACAAAUGCAAAAAGAACCAAAACUGACUUGCAAUAUAUGCUUGCAGUGCGCAAGGUUUCUUGUACUAUUACCUUUGUUUUCUGUAAAUUUGCCUCCCCAACCCACCAACUGUUUUGAGUUUUAACCCUGUAAACGUCCUAGUAGCCCGCCCCAUCUGGUAGGAGAGAUGUGUUUCCUUGGUGGUGCUAUAUCUAAUCUUCAUGUAUUGGAGUCGGAAUCGAAAAGAAAGAGAGACAUCUCCACAUGACCGAGUAUGUUGAUCUUCCUCUCAUUUAUAUAAUUUGAAAAAAAAUAAAUGUAAGUCGUAAGA